UAGAACGGGCUCAGUUCCCGGUGCGGUUCAGAGUUCAAACGUAAUAUCGCACACAUGCUUCGGACUUGAAGACCUCCGCUGCCUUGAUGUGUCGCUCUUGCGCGCCUAGAUCUAGAAGCACAGACCGGGUCGCCACACAAGGGUCCAUGGCCAGACUGCCGGUGGUCGCCCCCGACGGAGGGUGGGGCUGGGUGGUGGUGGGGGCGCUGUUUGUGGCCUCGGCCCUGGUGUUCGGCCUCAUCCGCAGCCUGGGCAUCUUCUUCGUGGAGUUUGUGCAGCACUUUGAGGAGAGCGCGCAGGCCGUGUCCUGGAUCACCUCCAUUGGGGUGGCCACACAGCAGAUGAUGAGUCCGGUCGGCACAGCGCUGUGUAACGCCUACGAGGCCCGACCUGUGGUGAUGUUGGGCGGCCUGCUGGCCUCCCUGGGCUUGAUUCUGGCUUCACAGGCCACGUCUCUCACCCACCUCUAUCUGACCAUGGGCCUCAUUUCAGGCUCCGGCUGGGCACUGGUCUUCACCCCCAUCGUGGGCUGCGUCAUGGCGUAUUUCUCCCGCCGGCGCUCCUUGGCCAUGGCCCUGGGCUUCACCGGUGUGGGGCUCUCCUCCUUCGCCUUCUCGCCCCUCUUCCAGCUGCUGGUGGAGCUCUACGCCUGGCGGGGGGCCCUUCUCAUCCUGGGAGGGCUCAGUCUUAACCUCAUAGCCUGCGGGGCCCUGCUCCGGCCCCUGAGUGGCGCUAAGGCCGUAGCACAGGCUCCUGAUAACAAUGUGCCGGGGGUGGUUUCGUCGUGCCCCUCCCUCUGCUCCCGGGUCUACGCCUACCUGGAGCUGUCGCUGCUCCUCCAGAAGACCUUCUUGACGUACGCGCUGGCCGUGACGCUCUUCAACUCCGGCUACUUCGUGCCUUAUGUCCACCUGGUGCCGCACAGCCGGCACGCGGGCUUCUCCGAGUACCAGGCCGCCUUCGUCAUCUCGGCCACGGGCGUGGCGGACCUGGUGGGCCGCGUGGCGUCCGGCUGGACGUCCGACCUGGGCUGCGUGCGGCUGCCCCACCUGCUGUCGCUGUGGACGGGCCUCACGGGCCUCUUCCUGCUGCUGCUGCCGCUCUGCUCCUCCGGGGGCUCCUACCCCGGCCUGCUCCUCAUCAGCCUGGCCUACGGAUUCUGCGCCGGUGCCAUGACACCUCUGGUCUUCUCGGUUGUGCCGGAGAUUGUGGGCGUGGGCCGCAUCCUGGGCGCCCUGGGGCUGCUGCAGCUCAUCGAGAGCGUGGGUGGGCUCCUCGGGCCGCCCCUGUCAGGUUGGCUGAAAGACAUAACCGGCAGCUAUACAGCCUCCUUCCUGCUGGCGGGUAGCUUCCUCCUCACGGGGACUCUGGUGCUGGCCGCUCUCCCGUCCUACUUCUCCCGUGCCCCCCCGGAGCCCAGUCAUCAAAAACAGGACCAAAGCCUUGAGUCUGGACUGCUGGACCACACUGGGACCUCCCCAGAUCUGACCAAUAAAACUUAUAACUCGAGACCUCCUCCCAUCUCAGAGCCACAUUCUGAGGACCCCCUGACGGACCCGGCUCUGGAUCUCACGUCCGUGAAGACGUCUUCUUUGAAGGAAGACGCCAAAUGCUGACCACGCCGCUUAGGAACACCUGAGAUGGGAGGAGCCUGACCUUGCCCCGCCUCCUCAGGACAGCGAUACUGACUGACGCGUCUCAUAGACGACACAGAUCUUUUAGUACCAAAAAAACCUUUCAGUAGACCAGCAGCUGAAAGUUUGUUAUGUCAGUUUCCUCCAAAGCAGCUUCUGGUUAAAACUGAGUAGUUUCAUCCUCGGGGGAGGAAAAUGAGGAAGGGAUCUUUAAUGUGACCCAGAAAUUACUUCUUCCCAUAGACAGGUUCCCUUUGAAUUCCUCCCUGUCUGGGAUGGAACCUGUUUUCUAUACUUACGUUUAUUUAAAGAUCAAACUGUCGUGGCCGAGGUGUUUGUAGGCCUGGAAUCCGUCUCUUCCCUAUAUUUUCAUAAGGUCACAUGAUAGCAUGUGCUUCCCAUCCCCCAGUCAGCUACUACAGAUGUGGUCAUUUCUCUGAAGACCUCCUCGAGUUUGAGAGGAACAGAGAAUGUUAGAACGCUUCCUGUUUACUGAAGCACAUAUUUUCUGUAUCAGAAAAUCAUGUCAAGGCAUUCAUUGCCAUACAGCUGUGUGUCUGUGACCUUCCUGACCUUGCCGGCAGCCAGCCAGGGUCCGGUGAAUAGCUAUUUAAAUGGGAGCGGAAGGUCAAGCACUCGCUGAACUACAGGAAUUCUGAUGUAUUUUCUCAGUUAGGUGAAAAUGUUUAUAGGGACGUUGUCUGCGCUAUGAUCAAGCCAAGACAGACGGAUACACAGGCAGACUGCAGACAGACUGCAAGCAGGCAGACAGACAGGUAGGCAGACACCCUGCAGACAGACUGGCAAGCAGACAGGACUCUGGAUAUCGCCUGACAGAUCAGAGGGCAUCUCCAUGGCUUUGAGACUCGUCUGUAGACCCCGAUGAUCUUCUCCUCCAAGCUGAUCUGCAGAACCGGCCUCCUGCUGUCUCUCAUACCCCUGGAAGCAAUGCUUAGCCUGACUAUUAUAACAGCUGCCAUCCAUCAGUCUGUAAACCUCAGCUGCCUUUUGUCAUCACUCCUCAUUUUGUACGUUUCCUACUGUAUUUUUCGACUUUUUCUUAAUGCAGGCUUUUUGGCUGCCCUGCCUUACCGUUCACUGACGAUUAUCUUUUCCAAAAUAAAGUCUUAUGCAAUAAAAUCUAAAAUCCAACAUCA